CUCUGGAGAAAGAAGUGUUGAAAAGUUUGAAGUUGAAGGGGAUAAAACAAGGCUGUGGCUGUAAGAGAAAUCUCUGUACAUGCUGUGUACACCUGGAGGUAGACAAGAUCAAGCUGAAUGAUACAGCAUGUGCGGCUGUUGCCUAUCUGCCAAAAGACAUUGGAGUUCAGUUCACACUGUCGCUUGAUGGAAAGACAUUAGUCAACAAAUCUCUGUCAGUAACCAACCCGCCUGCUGUAUGUGUCGGUAUUCCACAUCUAAAGAAUGAUGCCAGUAUCUGCAUCAAGUUCACCAAGCUUGCCGUUGACAAGGCCAAUAGAAGGUUAUCUGGAUGCAUGUCAGUUAUAGUAAAACUCAAAUUCAUUGAUAUUGAUGAAGUGAAAAUUGGUUGCUUCAAGAUUCCAUUUGAAGGAAAUGUGAAAGGUGGCCAGCUGGGAAUCGGAACCAGUAAAACUGGUACUCAGAUGAGCAAAGAAGAUCAACUGAAGAUGUUGUCGCAACUUGGUCUCAUGGGGAAAACUUUAAACAAUGGACGUCUGAUCAACCAAAAGUUGCUGAAUAAUUAAAAACUUGCAAAGUUGUUUUAGGCUACAAAAGCUCCUUUUCUAUGUUCCUUAAGUGGCCUUUUAAACAAAUUUGUUUGAAUAUAUCUGUCAUUAAAAUUUGGACAUGCACACCUCUAUUUAAAGAGGCCCUUGGUUAUUGUGUCAGAAUUGGAGAAGAUAAGGUGAAGUUUUGAUAGCCGUUAUUUGUCGUAUUAAAAUACCAAGAUAUCUUUAUCCACUUUAAGUCAUGCAACUCCAUUUUACAUGUAAAUCAAUGAAAGGAGCAUUCCUUCGUUCUGACAUCAGAAACGUUCAAAAUCUCUUUUGAUAAAAUCUAUGCCUGCAUGAGGAUUAUAUAUGAGUUUUUGUGCCUACCAGUAAUGAAAGUAAUGCUGAAAUGUACAGAAAAAUGACAUUUCGUACACAAAUACUGUCUCCUUUGCGGUAAUUAGUGAUACUUCGGGCUGAAUUGAGAAUUUAUAUGAUAUAAUACUUGAAGUACAUUUUUUUGUACUUUGGCUUCCCUGGUAUCUCGUAUCAAUAUAAAGAUUAUAACUUUUACUACUUUGGAAAAAUACACAUUUCCCAUUAAGUUUCAUUUUGGCGACAGACGCUUUAUUCAAACGAAGGAAUGCCCCUUUAAGGAACAAAGGCAAAUUUUACAAAAUUAUAUAUGUAUGAUCUGAAAUUGUGAUGAAAAUGGUUAAGAUCCAAAAGUGUGGAGGAAGCAAUAAUAAUUUGUUUUCUAAGGUCGUAUCAAUAAUGGCUGUAUUGUUUUUGUCUCUCAGACACAAGGUUUGACUCUGAUCACUAAACUUCUAAGCGUCACUGAGAUAGCGUACAGGAUUUAAGGAAGUUAACAUCCAAAAGUGUGCAAGAAAUAAAGAUAAUUCAAUUCCUAAGGUCUUAUCGAUAGGGAUUGUAUUGUUUUUGUCUCUCAGACACGGAGUUUGUUCCCUUAUCACUGAACUUCUAAGCAUCACUGAGAUGACAGUAAUACAUUUUAAAAAUUUAUUUCAAUCUUGAACAAAAUUUCUAAAUUUGCACCAUGUUAAAAUUGAUUUAUUAUUAAAUGUCUGUGAAUAAGAUAUUUUUUUGCAUCAGAUUUUAUUACAAAUAUUUACAUGCAUGUGCCUGUAUAUAUAGAAAGUUUGCAGUUUUAAAAAAAUGAUGGGAUCAUGUUUAAUAAAAAAAAAAUGUUGAAUAAAUUUCAUUAAAGGGAAUCUUAGAAUAUGUAUUUACAUUGGAAGCCAUAUCCUUUUAGAGGAAUUAAAAUUUUGCAUAUAUAUGUAUGUAUUGUACAAGACAAUUUCUAGUUUUGAUUCUAAAUUGUGGUCAAAGUUUCCAUAAAUCGUAAUUAUGUACAGUUGAACCAUUUUAUCUAGAUGUGGUGGGGCCAUGAAUAAACUAUGAGGUAUCCAGAGUAUUCGAGGUACAUCUAGGCGAAUAUAUUUUACGUAGAAUUUUACUGUCGGAACUGAAUUUGCACUUCAAGUUAAGCAGAUUCUUCGAGUUACUAGAGCUCGCGAUAACAAGGUUUGACUGUACAUAUGAUUGUCAUUGUCUUCAUAUUGAUAAGGAAUUACAGAACAAUUUUCAUUUUCAUGAAGCUUUUUGAAGAUAAAAAAAAGGAAUUGAUCACAUACAUCUCAUUUGUAAUGGAAAUAAAUCAGUUUUUUUUAUCUCUGACCAGCAAGUUUUCUUUUGAGAUUCCACAAUUUUCUCAUUGUCUUUGAUUAAUCUAUUGUCUUUCAUUAUUCUAUUGUCUUUCAUUAAUCUGUUGUCUUUUAUCAAUCUUUUGUCUUUAAUCAAUUAUCUUUGAUCCAUUGUUUUUCAUUAAUCUAUUGUCUUUCAUUAAUCUAUUGUCUUUAUUAAUCUUUUGUCUUCAAUCUAUUAUGUUUAAUCUAUUGUCUUUCAUUAAUCUAUUGUCUUUCAUUAAUCUGAUGUCUUUCAUCAAUCUAUUGUCUUUAAUCUAUUAUCUUUGAUCUAUUGUCUUUCAUUUGUAUACUGUCUUCUGUUAAUCUAUUGUCUUUCAUUAUUCUAUUGUCUUUCAUUAAUCUAUUGUCUGUCAUUAAUCUAUUGUCUUUUAUCAAUCUUUUGUCUUUAAUCUAUUAUGUUUAAUCUAUUGUCUUUCAUUAAUCUAAUGUCUUUCAUCAAUCUAUUGUCUUUAAUCUAUUAUCUUUGAUCUAUUGUCUUUCAUUAUUAUACUGUCUUCUGUUAAUCUAUUGUCUUUCAUUCAUCUAUUGUCUUUAUACCUGAACAAAACACCUAAUAAGUGACCAUAUUCACUAAAGCUAAAGAUAAUAAUUAUAUUAGAUUAUUCAAAGAAACUAAGAACUCAAUGUCUUCAGAAAAUAAUGUAACAGCUAUUAUAUCAUCUCUCCUCAUGUCACUUUGACAGUGGUGUACAACUUAAAAUUAAUGCAUUCCAAAGGUGUCGUGUGAUAAAUGUAUACUUAAGUAAUUUUCCCUGGUCAAUAUGUUUUCAGGUUAAUAAAACCAUAUAUCAACCUUAUCAAAAGGCUAUAAUUGUAUCUAUGUAUUGUCAUGAGUGUGAUUUGUAUAUAUUUUUAGCAAAUCACUGUUUUUUCUCAAUCUUCAAAUAUAGGUUCCUCUGUAUUUAGUUGUGCUUAUUUGAUUUUGAGUCUGAUCCAGAUAACAAAACCACUGACACGGUCAGUCAUCCUUGAUUUUGACAGUUGAAGUCCUGGAAUUAUGAAUGAAGAAAAAGGGAAAGAAAUAAGAAGAAGUCCUGGAAUUAUGAAUGAAGAAAAAAGGGAAAGAAAUGAGAAGUAGAGAAAAGAUUUGUCUCUUAUCAAACUAAUAUUCAUGUAUAUCAUUCAAUGGUGGGUGAUCCCUCCAUGAUCCCUUAUUUAUGUAUAUAGGUCUGAUGUUGUUGUUGUAUUAUGUAAUUGUUGUAUUUGAAUGGUUUGAAUCAUUUACCGCAUAAUAUAUUCAUUUGCUUGCCCUUUUUUUCCUUUUUUUUUUAUUAUUAUUAUUUUGGCAUUUAUACUUGUGAAUUUUAGGGCUCUGAUAUUUGAGUCCUGGAUCAAGUGGUUUCCUGUGAGACUCACGGAUUACCCACCAUAGUACAUUGUGUGUAUAUAUCUCUUUCUUAACACUGGGACUCGUCAAAGGGUUUUAAAAUGUGUUAUGGACUUAAUUGAUAGAAUCUUACAAACCUUACCAUUUAAUAUUAACAUUUAUCAGCUUUUGACAUGAUUGUAAGACGUAGUAUAUUUUACGAGGUAAAUCAUUUAUGGUUUUUUUUCUUUUUUUUUUGCUUUUUGUCAAAAAUCCUAAUUAAACAAUAAUAUGUCUUGAUUAAUUGAUUUAAUUUACAAAUUUCACUCAUUGCAAAGCUGAUGAAAAAAAUAUACAUUCAUUGUAACUAAGUAAGCAUGACAUUUUUGUAUUUUUUGUUUCAUGCAAUAUGUAAGUUUAAAGAACAACUGAUUUAGAUUUCAUUUGAAUACUGGAUGAAUUCAUAUUUUGAUGGAAAUAUAUUUUUUUUUCAAUAUUUCAUUUUGAUAAAUAAACUUUGAGAAAACAA